GGCGGAGGGACGCCGCCUGCCUGCCCGCCCGAGGCCCGAACAAGAUCCGACGGCCCCGUUUUGCUGUGCUCCGUCGUGUUCCCGCCUCCGAGACUUCCUCAAGCGAGCGUCCCCCUUCUGAAAGGCCACUUUGUAAAGCUGAGAAGGAUGCGGCAGAAGGGGUGAAAAGGGAUGAUGAACGGGCCCAUUUGGCGCGGCCGCGUUUCACCCAUCGGAUGGUGAGCGGGACCUCCGUGAGCGGUUUCGGGUUAGAGCGCCUGGCUUCCUUUGGCACGCACCCAGUGAAGCCAUCUUGCUUGUGGGGCACCCACUGGGCUGUCAGUCAUCCUUGUGUUUUUGUGCGUGUGGGAGAUGAGCAGAAAAGCAAGACAUCAUCAGAAUCAGCAAGGGAUGGAGAGGCUGCCUGCUCCCAAAUCCGACAGCAGCGCGAGCGACACGUCAAUCAACAUGCUGAGCGUCACUUUGGACACGGACAAGUGUGAUUUUCUGGGCAUCGGCGUGGUCGCUGAAAGCCGGGACAAAGGUGCCGGCGUGUACAUCGGAUCCGUCGUGGAGAACGGCGCUGUGGGGGCCGACGGACGCGUGCGCGCGGGAGACGUCUUGAUACGGGUGAACGAGGUGAACGUGGAGAAGGCAACCAGCUCGCAGGCCGUCCAAGUUCUCAGAGACGCCAUCCAGAAGCCGGGUCCGCUGUCACUGACGUUGUUGCGGUUUUGGGAGCCACCGCCCGACGGCCUUUUCACCUUGCCAAGAGGUGAGCCGGUGCGUCCAAUCGAUCCCGCCUCCUGGGUGUCCCACACGGCCGCCGUGACGGGGAAACUCCUCCCACCUUACGGUGAAGACGAGCAUUUGAGCGUGGACGGUGACAUGGCGGCGGUCGUCACGGCGAUGAUAAGGACCGAUUCGGGCGUGGUGGUUCGCGACCGGACGUGGCUCAAGGUGGUCAUCCCCGACGCCUUCACAGGCGGCGACGCGCUCGGAUGGCUGCGCCGGAACGUGGCGGGCGCCGCCAAGCGCGCCGACGCUCGCCGUUACGCCGCCGAGCUCCUGGAGCGCGGCUUCAUCCGACACGCCAUCAACGCCCGCGCGCACAAGCGAUUCUCCCCGGAGCGAUACUACGUCGUCGGAGACCUCCACGAGAUGGCGCUGAUGAGCCGACGCUAAGGGAGCGAAGCGUCCAGCCUCUGGGCGACGGCUUCAGACGCCUCCGGUCUAACUGCGGGGACUCAUCUGAUCCGCGGGACCGGUCUGACCACUUGGAACCGUCUUGACCACAAGAACAGCUUUGAGCACACGGACUUUUGGGAGCGGUCUGACCUCAAGGUGCAACGUUACCUACCAAAACGUAUUUCUGGCUGCAGUUGCCAAGUGUCCGAAUAGCUACUCUGAUUUGGUUUGCAGCGAGUCACACUGACGAGCGGGCGGGCGGGCGGGCGGGCAUGCAGCCAAACAGCACCAGACACCCCAAAUAACACAAAUAGUAGGAGCAGCAAAUGCAACAAGUGCACAGACAUAAUAAACAGCGAGUCAUGAACAUUAAA